CGCGCAUCCCGCUCGCUCACACAAAGCCCAGACGCGGAGAAAAUGGCGGCAGGGGUCGAAGCAGCAGCCGAGGUGGCGGCGACGGAGCCCAAAAUGGAGGAGGAGAGCGGCGCGCCCGGCGUGCCGAGUGGCAACGGAGCUCCGGGCCCAAAAGGUGAAGGAGAACGACCAGCUCAGAAUGAGAAGAGGAAGGAGAAAAACAUAAAAAGAGGAGGCAAUCGCUUUGAGCCAUAUGCCAAUCCAACUAAAAGAUACAGAGCCUUCAUCACAAACAUACCUUUUGAUGUGAAAUGGCAGUCACUUAAAGACCUGGUUAAAGAAAAAGUUGGUGAGGUAACAUACGUGGAGCUCUUAAUGGACGCUGAAGGAAAGUCAAGGGGAUGUGCCGUUGUUGAAUUCAAGAUGGAAGAGAGCAUGAAAAAAGCUGCUGAAGUUCUAAACAAGCAUAGUCUGAGUGGAAGACCACUGAAAGUCAAAGAAGAUCCUGAUGGUGAACAUGCCAGGAGAGCAAUGCAAAAGGUGAUGGCUACGACUGGUGGGAUGGGUAUGGGACCAGGUGGCCCAGGAAUGAUUAAUAUCCCACCCAGUAUCCUAAAUAAUCCUAACAUCCCAAAUGAGAUUAUCCAUGCAUUACAGGCUGGAAGACUUGGAAGCACAGUAUUUGUAGCAAAUCUGGAUUAUAAAGUUGGCUGGAAGAAACUGAAGGAAGUUUUUAGUAUGGCUGGUGUGGUGGUCCGAGCAGACAUUCUUGAGGAUAAAGAUGGAAAAAGUCGUGGAAUAGGCACUGUUACUUUUGAACAGUCCAUUGAAGCUGUGCAAGCUAUAUCUAUGUUUAAUGGCCAACUGCUAUUUGACAGACCAAUGCACGUGAAAAUGGAUGAGAGGGCCUUACCAAAGGGAGAUUUUUUCCCUCCUGAGCGUCCACAACAACUUCCCCAUGGACUUGGUGGUAUUGGCAUGGGGUUAGGACCAGGAGGGCAGCCUAUUGACGCUAAUCAUUUGAAUAAAGGCAUUGGAAUGGGCAACAUAGGACCUGCAGGAAUGGGAAUGGAAGGCAUAGGAUUUGGAAUAAAUAAAAUGGGAGGCAUGGAGGGACCCUUUGGUGGUGGUAUGGAAAACAUGGGUCGAUUUGGAUCUGGGAUGAACAUGGGCAGAAUAAAUGAGAUGGCGCGUGGCAUGGGUGGAGGAUUUGAGAGAGACUUUGCCAGAAAUGAAAUGGGAAUGUCUCGAAGCUUUGGAGAGCCCCUUGGCAGAGGAAUGGAAAUCCUAAGUAAUGCACUGAAGAGAGGAGAGAUCAUUGCAAAGCAGGGAGGAGGUGGAGGCGGAGGCAGUGUCCCUGGAAUUGAGAGGAUGGGCCCCGGCAUUGACCGCAUUGGGGGUGCCGGCAUGGAGCGCAUGGGUGCAGGCCUGGGCCACGGCAUGGAUCGUGUGGGCUCCGAGAUUGAGCGCAUGGGCCUGGUCAUGGACCGCAUGGGCUCAGUCGAGCGCAUGGGCUCCGGCAUCGAGCGCAUGGGCCCGCUGGGCCUCGACCACAUGGCCUCCAGCAUCGAGCGCAUGGGCCAGACCAUGGAGCGCAUCGGCUCUGGCGUGGAGCGCAUGGGUGCCGGCAUGGGCUUUGGCCUGGAGCGUAUGGCCGCACCCAUUGACCGUGUGGGCCAGACCAUCGAGCGCAUGGGCUCUGGCGUGGAGCGAAUGGGCCCUGCCAUCGAGCGCAUGGGCCUGGGCAUGGAGCGCAUGGUGCCCGCAGGCAUGGGGGCAGGCCUGGAGCGCAUGGGCCCUGUGAUGGAUCGCAUGGCCACCGGCCUGGAGCGCAUGGGCGCCAACAACCUGGAGCGCAUGGGCCUGGAGCGUAUGGGCGCCAACAGUCUCGAGCGCAUGGGCCUGGAGCGCAUGGGCGCCAACAGCCUGGAGCGCAUGGGUCCCGCCAUGGGCCCGGCCCUGGGCGCUGGCAUUGAGCGCAUGGGCCUGGCCAUGGGUGGUGGUGGCGGUGCCAGCUUUGACCGUGCCAUCGAGAUGGAGCGUGGCAACUUUGGAGGAAGCUUCGCAGGUUCCUUUGGUGGAGCUGGAGGCCAUGCUCCUGGGGUGGCCAGGAAGGCCUGCCAGAUAUUUGUGAGAAAUCUCCCAUUUGAUUUUACAUGGAAGAUGCUAAAAGACAAGUUCAACGAAUGUGGCCACGUGCUGUAUGCCGACAUCAAGAUGGAGAAUGGGAAGUCCAAGGGGUGCGGUGUGGUUAAGUUUGAGUCGCCAGAGGUGGCUGAGAGAGCCUGCCGGAUGAUGAAUGGGAUGAAGCUGAGUGGCCGAGAGAUUGAUGUUCGAAUCGAUAGAAAUGCUUAAGCAGUUGCCUUUUUUAAACAUCGAUACCAGACCUCUGAAUUUGUAUUUUUUCUUGUUAACCAUUUUAAUUUGUUGGCUGGAUGUAUAAAGAUGUUUAAAAAAUUCAGUUGCUUUUUGGGGUAAUUUGAAUUACUUUUUUAAUGACUGGGGUUCCAUUUGACUGUUUGCAUUGAGAUUGCAAUGUGCGCAAUUUUUUUUGUAGUUGUGGCAUCUUGUUGACAUCGAAUAUGACUUUGAUAAUAAAUACCAGUUCCUGAAAGCUG